AUGAAGGUACAAAUGGAGCGGAUCAGAGCAAACCAAGUCCUCGGUGAGCCGCAGCCAGCAACUUGUAGUGCAACACUAGUGAACAACUUUUCGCAGACGGUGAAGAGCUGCCAGAUGGCAACCGACGAGAAGGAUCGUGGUGAAAGUUCCGAACAGGCGAAAAUUGCGAGUAAUGCAGAGCAUAUGGAAGCGGUAGAGAUGGAAUACGAAAAGGCGAGAGACGACCCAAAAGAAGCGGCGAUUCGCGCAGAGAUCAAAUCGCUGGAAACGGAACUCUCGAACAUCCAAAAGCGCCUUCGAGAACUGACGAGGAAGCGAACCUGUAGGCAGCGAGAGUAUGAGGCAGGAGUUUACCGCACUGAAGAAAGGAAGAUGAGAUGUGUCUUCUGCGGUGAGCAAGGAUUGCACUACUCUGACUCCUGCAGUAAGAUGCGAACCGGCGCAGAGAGAAGAGGCUUCCUGAGAUGUGGCAGAUGUUUUAAUUGUUUGGAGCUGCACUGCGAAGGUGGCUACCAGUGCGUAAAGUACCGGAUACCCUGCUUCCAUUGCAAAGAAAGAGGACACCAUUUGGCCACAUGCGAGCUACCGGAGGCCUCGGUGCAAACGGGAGUUGAGAAGCUGCAGUGCGAGUUAGCGAUUGACGACAUCUUCAGGAGGCUCCGUCAGCUCCGCAAAAUGGACAGCGAGAAAAGUUAA